ACACAGGACUGAUAAAGCUCCAGUGUAUCAUAUCUGUAAAGUCAUGUGACUCGUCACACCAUCAGAAUAGACAAGAAUUCACUGUGAGCUUCACACCUCAUUACAGCUAAUGGACCAAUCAAAUCAGUCCACAGCUUCAAAUCAUCCAAUCAGGUGUGAGUCUGGACCUGGUUUUGUACUGAACACACAAGUUCAUUAGAUCACUUGGUGUGAACAGGAACGAUGAUCAGACUCUUUGUCGCUCUUUGUGCUCUUUUUUCUCUCUUCACAGCUGUGAAAACUUCUGACAUCAAGAAGAUUGACGUGAUAACAGUAAAGCGUGGAGAAGAUGUAACUAUGAAGUGUAACAUUAGCAGUGUCACAAAGAAAGAAGUAUUUUGGUACAGACAGAUUUCAGGAAAAUUACCUCAGUAUUUUGCAAAACCAUACAAGAACACGGACGGAAAGGGCUACAAAUUUAGUGAUGGAUUUAAUGAUACUCGUUUCAGUAUUAGUGUAAAUGACAAUACAUUUGAUCUCAAUAUUAAAAAAACAAGAGAAGAUGAUGAAGGAGAAUAUUUCUGUGGAGAAAUGGAAGGAACUUCCAAAGUGAAGUUCACAUCUGGAACACGUCUGCAAUUUUCAGACACGACACACUGUAAUACAACUGGAACAACACAGAAAGAUUCAUCCAGCAGCACAGAAACAAACACGACACACCGUCCAACAUCUGGAACAACACAGAAAGAUUCAUCCAGCCCAGAAACAAAUAAAGACGCGACACACAGUAAUACAUCUGGAACUACACACAGAGAUUCACCCAACAGCAAUAAGACAAGUGAACACGACUGGAUUCUUGCCUUAACAGCCUCCAAUAUAUUCUCUGUUAUCGUAAUCACACUUCUGCUUGGAGUUUUAUAUAAAAAUCACAGAAAAGAUGCUUCAUCAAGCAACCAUCAAAUUCCCACCAAUCAGACUGCUGAUGAUGAUGAUGUCUUGAACUAUGCAGCUGUGAGUUUUGCUAAAAAACCUUCAUCCUCCAGAACAUCCAGAGCCAAAAAUACCCAUGAAGACGUUUACGCUCAAGUUAGAAUAUAAUAGAGAAAUUAUAUUUCUAAUUUAAAGCACCAGACAGUAGAAACAUUGCUGUAAGUUAAAUUUUGUUUGCUUUUGCAUUAUGAGGUGUAAAGUUUUUUUUUUCAGACAUUUAAUAUUGUUACAUUUUUUGAAUAUAAUUAUUACUAUAUUAUUAGUCUGUGUUUAUCUGCAUAUUGUUGUGAAUUUUAUGUCUAUAUAUUUUUAAAUAAAUAAACCAAACUAUAAAAAAGAAAUCUUCAUAAUACAUUAUAUGUAAAUACAGUAUAUUAAAAAAAUACAUUGAUAAUUUCAAUGUUUCCAACAUUUAAUAAAUUCAACUACCUGAAAUAAAUUGGAGUUAAAGCCUCGGGUUGUUUCUGUUAUUGUUUCUGUAAAGAUGUUACUAGGUUACAGAGCGCUGGUUGUUCUUGUGGUCAUUCGGUGCCUUAAUUCUGUUCCACAUGAGCUGUUCUAAAGUCCUCAUAUUGUGUUUGCAUUUAUUUAAGUUUCCUCUCCUUCAUUGAGCAGGUUCUGCAUGCUGAUGUUUAGAUGUGACUUAUGCUUAGAAAAAUGACAGUAAUUCAAUGAGUAGAGGUCAUUGUGUCUCAAAUUUCCAUGUGAAACUGAUCCCAGUCAGUGUAGCAGACAGUCUUGCAGCAUUGAGGUAGCAUCCACAGGUCACUGUGAACUAUAUAUAUCUAAUAAUAAUCUUGAAUUUUUUAUUCUGUCAAUUCUUUUUCUUUUAUUAUUCAUUAUUUCCUUUAUCAUUCCUUAUGUUUACCUUCUGCUCUAUGUUUAUGUUCUAU